CGCACCCUGAUAUGACUUGUUGAAGACAUACUGACGGCUCUUAUUUAAUGGUGCGUUUGUAAAUUCACUCUGGCUAUCUACUCCGACUUUAGAGUACUCUCGUCUAAGUGUGCAGAAUAAUUUAUAAAUUUACGAACCUGCAAAACUGGUCAAAUAUGACCGGUGUCAGUAAACGUAGGCAAAAAACGUUCUAGAUGACAUGACAACAGCAUAACCAGCUUUGCUAGUGGAGUAAAAUGGUCAGAGUAAGGUGCUCUGGAGGUAGCUACUAGCAAGCUAGCCAACUUUAGCCAGUUAAAAUUGGGUGCUCCUGGAGCGAAACACAAUUUACAAACGGAUAAUCUGGCAAUUCCAAACGCCCAGAGCGCACUCUGGCACUCCAAAUAGAAUUUAUGAACGCACCCAACAUAUUAUAGAAUAACUGUGCGUUCGUAAAUUCACUCUGGCUAUCUACUCCGACUUCUGAGCACUGUUGUCUGAAUGUGCCAGAGCGCAGAAUAACUGAUGCAUUUAUAUACACACAACACCGCUGAAUAUGAUCGGUGUCCAAAGUCAGCUGCAGUUACAGUCACCGAUGCUCUAGGUAACAUGGAAACAGCCUGACCACCUCUGCUAGGAUGUCAGAGGAUUUGUUGAAACAGUUGGGCAGCUACAAAGCACAGUUGCAACAAGUGGAAGCCGCCUUAUCAACCGACCCUGAAAAUGAAGACCUUCUCAAAUUACAGAAAGACUUAUCGGAAGUCAUAGACUUAACAAAAGACCUCCUGACGUCGCAGCCCUCCGAAGGUACUGCUACUGCCAACCGCUCAGAUGCAGCCCCCCUGAAACAUAGGUGGAGUGUUGGGGACAGGUGUAUGACUGUGUGGAGUCAGGAUGGACAGGUGUAUGAAGCUGAGAUUGAGGAGAUAGACGGCGAGAAUGGCACGGCGGCCAUCACCUUCUCCGGCUACGGGAACGCAGAGGUGGUGCCACUGCAGAACCUCAAGCCUGCCGAGGAGGGCAAGCACUCUGAGGAUGACGGGAAAUCCAAGUCCAGGAAGGAGCAGAUGGCAGACCAGAGGGAGUACAAGAAGAAGAAGGCCCAGAAGAAGGUGCUGAGGAUGAAGGAACUGGAACAGGAGCGAGAAGACCAGAAAUCCAAGUGGCAGAGUUUUAACAACAAGGCCUAUAACAAGAACAAGAAAGGACAGGUGAAGAGGAGUAUAUUUGCAUCGCCGGAGAGUGUAAACGGCAAGGUGGGAGUAGGAACAUGUGGCAUAGCAGACAAACCUAUGACCACGUAUCACGACACAUCCAAAUAUAACGUCAGGCAUCUAAUGCCACAGUGACCUAACAUUUUUAUCUUUGUGUAAAAGUAUCCUAUUGUAUAGUAGCAAGAUCAUUGCUUACCUUUGUGUUUAUAUGGUUUGGGUUACCCCAGUAAAGGAGCUUUGAAACAAAUUGCUUGCUCACCAUUGGUUGUCUCAUUGGGAAAUUGUCCUUACCAGUAUUAUCACAUAGAACAGCAGAAUUCUUAAUAAAAUAAAUAACCACUGUAAUGGAGUUGCAGCACAAAUAAUGGUUGUGGUGAAAUUAGUCUGGGUUGCUGUAUCUUUCUGAAUGCAACAAAGGCCAAAAAACUAUUUCCAUGUUUUCAAUGUUACACAUUUAUUAUAGAUUUUUCAGGUUGAACUAGACUAUAAUAUACAUUUUCACAAUUUAGUGAUAAGACCCUUUUUAAAGCAAGUCAUAUAAAGAUAAUUUUACAUCUCAGUUUUGUACAUUUACAGGGAAACACAUUUUUUUGUUUAGAGGUAAGAUGUUUCUCUCAUUUUUCCCUGAACCCUGAAUUUUUCAUAUUGGUACUGAAUGUUGUUUAACACAGUUCCUCCAGAUGGCAGUAAUGUAUUUUAUACCGUCUUUGUUCUGUGAUGUAUGUCAAUGACCUUAUGCCACUGCUGGUGAUAUAAGCUUUUUAAAAAAUAAAAUAAAAUCAGGGAUGAGUUGUGGAUUCUCCUAUUAAACCUU